AUGUUCAAAAGCAAUAACACGUUGAACACGAAACAAAAGCCUUCAACGUCAACACCGUCAUCAAAGCAAUCAAAUUCCGAAGCUGCAAAGAUCAUGAAUAUCAUUUCAUCACAAUCAUCAAUACCACCAUCGACCUCAUUUUCAUUUCAAACACAUCAUGUUCAAUAUUGCUAUCCUAUUUCUAAGAAUAAGAAAAAUCAAUACAUCCCAACUGUAAAAAUAACAAAACUGCACGAGAAAAAACAAUCACUGAUUUGUACUCAAGAUGAAUUGAAACAAAUGCACAAUAAUGAACAGGUCUUGAAUGUAUUAAAUGAUAUAUUUAAUGAAAAAUUGAUUACGAAAUAUAAUGGAAAUGUUGAUGAAUACAAAAGAAAUGAAAAGGAACGACAUUCCAUUAAAAAUGAUACAAGUAUAGAAGGAACUGAUGUACAAUUAUUUGAUGAUGUUCCAAUGGAAUCAUUGAAUGAACAAGAAGAAGAUUUGAAGAAAAAGGCGUUACAAGAUUUAAUGGAUGAAGGUGUUGAUUCAAUUAUGGAUCAAUACAAAUUACCUAAAAUUUCCAUAUUCGGAGAGGAAGAGUACUCUUCAGACUCUGAUGAAGAGUCGAAAAUUAGUAAAAAGUCUAAAAAAAAGAGAAGUAAGGAAUUUGCCUUUCUUGAGGAUAGUGAUGAAGAGAUUGAAGAGAAUUUAGCAAAGGAGAUUAAUGUUGCAACUGAAGAUGAGAGUGAAGAAGCAAACGUUGCUGCUGACGAGGAAUUGUUGAAGAGCAAGGCUCAAGAAACACAGGGCUAUCUCAAGUACAGCAAAGUAAAAAAGGACAAAGUAAUUAGACCUGGAAGCAAAAAACGAAAAGCAAAUGCCGAGUAUGAAAAGAUCAAAAACUUGAUGAAAGAAAAGGAAGAUCAGAAAAAGGAUGUCGUCGACCAAAAUAAAUCAAAGGUACACGAGAAGGAUUGA